AGGCGGGCCCAGUCGUAGGAGAGGGCCUUCUUCUACUUGUUCCCUUUGCUCCGCUCCGGCAGCUCUCUCCACCACCGCGAUCUGUCGUCCUCCAUUUGCGGCGGCGAUGGCGCUCUCCUCCUCCCGGCCGCUCCACCUCCUGCGCCCGCUCCUCCGCGGCUUCCACGCCUCUGCGCAGGCCCUGUCGCGGGCGGAGCUGCACGAGUUCUCCAAGCCUAGCGGGCAUCUGGGCAGCUGGGAGCCCGCUGGGGAGCCCCGGCAGGCGUGGGCACAGCUGGACCGGCUGCGCAAGGGGUACGCGCGAGACGUGCGGCAGCUGCGGCAGCAGUACGCGUACGAGGUGCAGCUGAUGGAGGCUGAGCGGCAGCGGAAGGCUGAGGCGCGCGCCGAGGCCGCCCGCGUCGCCAACGAGGAGCGCAAGGCAGCCAAGGCCGCCGCCGCGCAGACGCGUGCGGCUGAGCGGCGCGCGUUCGAGGAGGACUUCCGCCAGGCCCUUAUGAAAGAAAGAGCUGAGAAGCUGGAGAGCUGGCGGAAAAAGGAGAAGCUCCAGGAGCAGAAGAAGGCGGAGCAAAAGGAACUCCUGCGCAAGAAGAGCAGUGUGUGGCUUGCUGAAGAUAAACUUGAAGAUCAAAUACUCAAUGCUAUCAAGAAUACCACUCCUCUAUAAGUUUGAUUAUGUGAGGAAGCCAAUAGUAGCAUGCGAAUCAAGAGGAGAGACAUCACACAUCUUUCAUUCUCUCUGAGGACUAGUUUAUAGCCAGCAACCAGACUCCCACCCCCUAAAGUUUAGUCCCGUCACAUCGAAUGUUUAUAUACUUAGGAGUAUUAAACAUAGACUAUUUACAAAACUCAUUGCACAGAUGGAGGCUAAACGGCGAGACGAAUCUAUUAAGCCUAA